CGCAUGUUUGUGUAACCAACAAACAUCUGAUUAUUAACAGAUUUAUUUAAUGCCGCAGAGUCAUUUGGCCUCACGGCCGGUCAAGGCGUGCACGGAGUGUAAGCAGGCAAAGUUACGAUGUGAUUCCAAGGAGAGGUUCCCUGAUCCGUGCUCCCGGUGCCAUGCAAGACAUUUGUUCUGCACGGUAGACGCUACUUUUAAGAGGACGCCGGCGAGAAAACGCUUGGAGGCUAUGAACAAGGAACUUCAAGAACUACGGAACCAGACUCAUCGUAUGGAAGAUCAAUUGGCGACUGGAACGAGUCCUAAAACUGAGAGUAGAUCGCCUUCGUCUCAGGAUGAAGGUGUAGACGAUUUUGAGCUUACAUCGUUUACUGUGAGUUUGAAUGGACUGGUUAUUGACUCUUCUACAGCGACAGAAGCUUUCAUAGUAUUCGCUGAGUAUAUGCGUCCGAGGCUUCCAGUGGUUGCAUCGCUCUCUGCUCAAGCAGCUUACGAAAACCAGCCAUUUCUCUUCUGGACGAUUGUGACGAUUGUGCUCUGUCGUUUAUCAGAACCAGAGAACAUCGCCUUGUUCGGGUUGCUCCGGGCGCCGUAUGAGAGGUUAGUUCAGGAGACUGUAACCGAUGCACCGCUGCCGCUGUACAAAGUCCAAGCCCUGUUACUUCUCUGCAACUGGCCUUUGCCUACUGAUAAGCAAUGGAAAGAGCCAAGCUGGCUUUACUGCGGUGUUGCUAUCCAAGCUGCUCGAUAUCUGAGUCUCGAUCGCCAGCAAACCAUUCCAUCACUUCGUGUAAUUGGAGUCACAUCGGGGAGCAUUCGGUCGAGAAUAAACACUUGGCUGUCUUGCUUCAGUGUCUCGACAUCAAACAGACUGAGCUUACAUCUGGGUCUUCCCUGUCCUAUCGAAUCAGAGCUGGACUUUGCUGCUAUCCAUGCAUUCCUGAAACGACAAACAGUGCCACCAGCCUUUGCGAUUGAAGUCCGCAUCCAACUAGUCGUCGCAAAAUUCACAGCACUACUCAACCAUGAGCUGGCCGACGGCACAAGUUCAUCUUUCCUCCGCUUAUUUGACACUGAACUUGAUGCAAUUAAAAACGAGAUACUACCAGAUGAAGAAACGAAAAGCAUAGUUGAAUACGCCAUCCUAGAUGCUAAAAUACACACAUACACACUUGUAAUCACGAAAUCCCCAGCAAAUUCAUCAUCCCGCCAGAUCCUCCUCCGAACAACACGCGACAUCGCCCUAAGAAUCGUCGAAAUCGGAACCCGCGCCAUCCGCACCAACCCCGAAAACACCACCCUCGUCCGCCGUGAAAAAUGCCAACCGAAAGAUCGCCACAGAUGUCUGGGCUUCUCAACAAUUUUCCUCCUCAAAUUCUUCAUCCGCCAGAGUUCCGACGGUCCUGAAGAGCGACAGAUAGUCGCUAAUCAUGUUGCUAUGACAAAGACGCUUUGUAGAGCAUGUACAAUUGGUCCGAAAGAUGAAUUUAGUCGUAUCGCAAGUGUGUUUGAAGCAUUGGAACGGGACAGCUCGGAGGAGGAGGAUAAGACAAAGUUAGUGCUUAAUCAUAGAAUGGGCGUGUCUUUGAUGUUUGAUGCUGUUAAUACGGCGGGGAAGAUACGAGGAAAGCCUGUUGAAGUCGAGGAAGGUGAUGGGGGGACUGUUGAGGAGACAACGGGAGAGAUGGUACAGGAUCAUGAGGAUAUGAUGAGUCAGGUGGAUGGGAAUCCAGAGUUUUUGAAGAGCUUUUGGAGUGAUCCGUAUACAAGCUUGCUCCAGUUUGACCCGACGACAUUGGAGAGCGAUUACCCAAACACUUGGUAA